AUGGAGGCCCAGAUCAUACUUUUGGCGGCCGAGGGAAGGCACGACGCUAUCGCCGAAGUAGCUGAUCAAGCAGCGGCACAGCUUCAUGACUGUAUUGAGAAAGAAGCACAAAUCUUUCGAAAGGCUACUGCACUACCAGAAGGCUUACGUCGCUUCACACCUUUUUGGGUUUGGGUCAGAUGUCUGGCGCAUGGUGCGGUCGCGUUGGAAAAGUUGAAAAAAUUUGAAGGCGCUACGGUUACCUAUCAAAACUUGCUCCGAAAUAAAGAUCUUGUCCAUUUUUGCGUGCACGAGCGGGGGAUUUGGUGGGAUCGGCUGGCGCUGAAUCUGCAUUCGCAUUUGAACCUGAAGGAUGACGCGGCUGAGGCAUGCCAACAAGGCAUAGAUGAUGAACUCGUCCUCGAUAAGGAACGAUUGAUGCUUCAAGAUCGUCUGUCAAAAUUGACCAAGGGACUCCAUUGCGAGGGUACGAUCUGGCAUCUCAUGCUCGGCCUUCUCUUCUACGAUAUUAUCUAUUCGCACGAAUAUAAAGAUGUUUGGCUCUCUGAACUGCAGGCUGCUCCAAUUGAUCUCAACUAUCGCGAUUUGUAUGAACGACGAAAAUCAUCUUUUGAUGACCGUUUGUGCUGGCUUAAAAAAGCUACGGCCGAAGAAUACACGAGUUUCGCGCUGGAACGCCUCACGGAGUUUGCGCAGUCUGCCGACGAUUUUGCCGGCAGUGAUCCGGCGAUCUACAGCCCGGAAGUUCUCAUGGACUUCUGCCAAGUGCUCACCGGCCAGCUCCUCUCGGCCAUAUGCGGCCGUGUUCUAAAGGACAGGCGUAACACGAGAAGCGGUUUCCCGGAUCUAACUGUUUGGGAUGCGGCUACAGGACGAUUGGCGGUGGUGGAAGUGAAGGGCCCAGGAGAUCGACUAUCAACGAAGCAACGUCUUUGGCUCGACUUCUUUACAAAUAAUGGCGUUCGUGCUGAAGUCUGCUAUGUCUCAGCGAUAAGAGAAAAA